AUGCCAGACUAUCCAUCCACACCACCGCCCAAGUCGCCCUCGCCAGUGACUGUCCCGCGCUCAUCCAGCCUCCCACGUUUAGCAAGUUCGAAGCUCUUUCUUCCUACCCAGAACGAAGCUUCCGCAAUAUCUACGCGUGGUCAUCAUCUUCCUUCGCUACUCAACAGCGCGCGCCGGCCGUCUACAAUACGCAGCAGUGAGCGCCGGGGCAGCGACACGGACGAUGAAGACUUGGAAGCAUACAGAAACGGGCUUAUGAUGCCUUACGAUCGGGACUCGGAUCGGAGGAGUAGCAUAGGUGCGCAUGUGCUCAACACGCCGCAGAUGAGGAGCCAGCGCUUGAUUGGCAACUCCAAUCCUAGGUACAAGUGGGAAAAGUACUACAAGACGGAAGAAGAGCUGAAGGGCAUGAAGAAGCCGAUACGGGAAUACUAUGAGCGCAACAACCAGCUUCUGCAGCACUAUUUGUACAUCGACCGUUUGCUCGAUUCCUCACUCCCGCACAAUCUCAUUCAAGAGUACACGAAUCUUGAAUCCGGCGCUGUCAAGAUCCCCACUACCAUUACCGAAGAGUCUUCAGCUGUCAGCACCCCACUCGCCGUUACUCCCGGCUACGGUACGAACGGGACAAAUACACCUGGUUACUACAGCGAGAACGGGCGAAGUGGUUCGUCGGGCAGUCUGAACAACGGCAAUGGCGCAAACAAACCUAUGGUCAAGCGCACACCCAAAAACCUCUACAAGGUCCCCGAAGCAGACGAGAAUACCCCGCUCCUAGCACACGAUAACGCUGUAGAAGACGAAGAAGAUCUAGAAAUCGCCAACUCCAAGUUAAAAGACUGGGUUCCUGAAGAAGACGAAGACACCGAAAGUCCGAUUGUCAAGCUAGCGCUAUACGUCAACCUCAGUGCAAACACUGCCCUCCUGAUCAUGAAGAUUGUUGUCACAGUCUUGACUUCGUCGCUCUCCGUGGUGGCUAGUUUAGUCGAUGCAGCCCUUGACUUCCUCUCCACCGCCAUCGUCUGGUUUACAUCCUGGAUGAUCGCGCGUCAGGACAGAUAUGCCUACCCAGUCGGUCGUCGACGUCUCGAACCCAUCGGUGUGCUCAUCUUCUCCGUAAUCAUGAUGACGUCCUUCUUCCAAGUCGGCAUCGAAGGCAUUUCCAGACUCUCUGGACCUGACCAUACAAUCGUACAGUUGACCGUCCCUGCUGUGGCCAUCAUGGCCGCUACGGUUGUCAUUAAAGGUCUCUGCUGGCUCUGGUGCCGCCUCAUCCGCAACUCCUCCGUUCAAGCACUAGCCCAAGACGCAAUGACCGAUGUCGUCUUCAACACCUUCUCCAUCCUCUUCCCGCUCGUGGGCUACUUUGCGAAGAUUUGGUGGCUCGACUCACUCGGUGGUAUCUUGCUCUCUGCGUAUGUUAUCAUCAACUGGAGUGCUACCUCUGCGGAGCACAUUCGCAACUUGACUGGCGCUAGUGCCACAGCGGAUGAGCGUAACAUUCUCCUCUACAUGACAAUGCGCUUCGCAAAGUCUAUCAAGAGGAUCCAAGGACUGCAGGCUUACCAUGCGGGCGACAAGCUGAACGUCGAGGUAGAUAUCGUGGUUGAUGAGAAUCUCAGUUUGAGGGAUAGCCAUGAUUUGGGUGAGAGUUUGCAGUAUGUGCUUGAGAGUGUGCCGUAUGUUGAUCGCGCGUUUGUACAUAUCGAUUACACAGACUACAACUUCCCGACACACAUGUCGCAGCAGGAGUGA